AUGACGACCCUUCGCAUCUCGAAACGGACACGAAUUGGACAAUGCAACGUUAGGACUCUGAUGGAGCCAUCCAGAUUGGCGCAGUUGGAGAACGAGAUGGACCGACUGCAGAUCGCAAUUGCUGGCAUCAGCGAGAUGAGAUGGAGUGGGAAGGGAGCAACAACAACAUCACAAAGUAAUUUAGUGUUGCAUAGCGGAAGCAGUGAUGGUGGACGAAAUGGAAAUCUCAUCACCGCCAGAUUCCGAUGCAACGCCAGGCACAUCACCAUCGUGCAAUGCUAUGCCCCAACAGAAGACGCCAGCGAUGACAUCAAAGACGACUUCUACAACGCACUCAUCUCAUCCCUCAACAAGGUCAUAAGAGGUGACAUCAAGAUUCUCAUGGGUGACUUCAAUGCGAAAGUCGGCCCCAACAACACCGGAUUGGAAUCAACCGGGCGGCAUGGUAUCGGCACGCGAAGUGACAAUGGAGACAGGCUGAUCGACUUAUGCCAGACCUUCCAGUUGGUCAUUGGAGGAACAAAUGGCAACAGCACUACGCGAACAGUUGACACCACAGCGGAACUGCCCUUGGCAACAAACUUGCAGACUACUGAGAAGUACCGCAGAGGAGAUGCUUGGCACGAGACAACGCAGCUGCUCUGA